AUAUAGGCCUUGAUGUAUACAAAAAGUGACACCUUUGGUCCAAAGCACAAAUCUAACAUAUUCUUCAAAAAAGACCGUUAAACGAUAAACCCUUAAUUUUGCGCUAGAAAAACUAAAACCCUACUUUCUCCUUGUCUUCAUAACUCACUUCGCAGCUUAAGCUGUGUAGACACAAAUUUGAAAAUUAUGGCUGAAGAAUUGCAUUCAGUUAGAGAAGGUGGAAAAGUGUUAAGGAAAAGAAAGAUGGGGGGGCACAACAAGAAAGGUGGUAAGGGAAAGAAGAAGCAAAAGGGUGUGCCAUAUACUGAAAAAAGAGUAAAAAUAGACAAUAAAAUGAAGAAGCUUUUCGAGAAGAGAGCAAGAGACUAUAACUCCGAUAAUGAUGACGAUGAUAAUAAUGAUGCUGAACCCGCCCUUGUAAAUAGAGCUAAAUCCACAUCAUAUGGUAAAGAGCAACACACAUCAUAUGGUAAAGAGAAACACACACCGUAUAGUAAAGAGAAACGUGCAUCAUAUGGUAAAGUGGAGGAUGAUUUUGAAGAGGAAUGGGCGGAUGAUGGAGAAGAGGAUGGCGAUGAGGAAAUUGAGAUAUCGGAAGAUGAAGAUGGGGAAAUUCAGCCUGGAAUUACAAAGUUCAUAGAUGGUUGUAAAGCAUUCAGAUUGGCGUUCAAGAAGUUACUAAAGAAGUCUGCUUCUGAUGAUAUACUGGGUCCUGUCUUAUCAGCACACAAGAAGCUUGUAGCAGAGAAGCUUGCUGAAGAAGAUGUAGAACGAAAGGUUAAGGGGGAGGCAAAAAAGGAGAAACACUUGAUAAGAGAAAAGGGACAUGUGAAACCUGCAAAUUUUUUGAACUCCCAUGAAAAGUCUCUAAUAGGAGUUGCAACAAAGGGAGUUGUCAAGUUAUUCAAUGCUGUUAACAAAGCACAACAUGCUCAAAAAGGCUUAAAUCCCUCAAGGUCAAAAGAUGAGAAAGCAAUUAAGAAGCGACGUAGAGAAGUCUUUUUCUCCGAAUUGGGCAAGACACCAUCAAAGGCCGGUGCAUCCAAUUCUUCAAAAGAUGAAGGUCCCUCAUGGGCUCCUCUACGUGAUAAUUACAUGCUGACAAAUCCCAAGUUAAAGGACUGGGAUAAAAACUCGGACACAGCUGUUGCAGACGACGUGAAGAUGUCAGCUGAUUCAGAUUCAUCUGAUGAUGAAUAAGUUCACUCAAAUUUUGAUGUUCAAUCUAUCUGCUUCAAGCAUAUUGGGAUGCCCAACACACAGAGAAUCAUAUCUUCAUUGCAGGAAAGUGGAUGUCUAGGCAUAGUCAAAUUAAUGCUGGAGCAACUUUCUGACUGUACAGAGAUAAUCCUGUUGUUAGCUGAUGCUAUUUUAUUAAAGAGAAGCUUUAUAAACUGGCUACUGCAAUCCUCGUUAAGAUAUGAGUUUUGAUUAUUUUUGUGUUCUCUUCAUUUGUUGUCCAUUUUUCCUUCUAGAGGGGAUACUGACACAAGGUUUAUUUAGCACUGUGAAAUCACUUAGCAUAGCA